AUGGGGGUGUCCGAGGUCGUAAUGUGCCGGGCGUUUUACUCAACGCUGACCGGGCGAGCAGCAGAGUGGUUCCGUACCUUGGAGCCAGGCUCAAUUUCGAAUUUUGGAGACCUAGCACAGAGAUUCGUCGACCGCUUCGCCAUGUCCAAAACUGUCAAGAAGCAUUUCUCCUAUCUGGAAAACGCCAAGCAGUUGGAUGGUGAACCGCUUUCCGUCUUUAUCGAGAGAUGGAACAAGGAGAUGGCUGAGAUUGAGCCCGUCGACGACGUCACCGCCACAAACCUGCUACUAAACUCUUUGAGAGCGGGAAAUCUAUACCAAGACCUCAUACUCCGGCCGCCGACCUGUUACGAGGACGCAGUGCGCAGGGUUUUCGCCCACGCUACUGCCACGGAAGCGAACUCGGCCAAGAGGAUGAUGGAGACAGGGGGCCGAGAAGGGACUAGGGCCAAAGAGAUCGCUGCCCGAACAACCCGCGACAAAAAGAUCACCGGGGAAUUGGCCCAAUUCGCUGAAAAGAAGAAGAAAAGCCGGCGGGAGUGGAGAAAGUACUUCAAGAAAGACAAAGAUAAGAAAGACAAAGAUCCUGACCUAGACAGGGAGCCGCUAGCAACCACUCAGAAACAGGUCAUCCACAUUAUAUUUGGAAGCCCGGAAGGCGGGGACACCGCGGGGGACCGUCGUAAUUGGGCCCGUGACCUACACUUCGGACUAGUGGAGGAGACGAACUCCGAAAAGAGGUCGAAGCAGGAGCCCAUUGUGUUCACUGAUCGGGACUUACCGAGCACCGGUGAUUGCGCGACGGAGGCGUUGGUCGUGACCAUAGACAUUAACGGCGUCGACGUUCAGAGAGUCAUGGUGGACAUGGGGUCAAGCGUCAACGUCAUGUACCUAGAUGUAUUCCGAAAGCUUCAGUUAGACCGAUCCGAACUGACGCCCGUCAGAACCCCGCUGUCAGGCUUCACGGGAGCCAUGAUCCACCCGGAAGGAGUCAUUCGUGUACCCGUAGAAGUCGGGACGGCCCCGAGAGUCCUGCGCGCAGUGAUGGAGUUUGUGGUCGUCGACCUGGCAUGCGUCCAACCCGUCAUACUGGGUAUACCGGGGAUCUCGCAGCUCGGCGCGAUCAUCUCAAUGCCGCACUUGUGCAUGAAGUUCCAGAUGCCGGCUUGGAGGAUGUGCAUAUAUUAUACUGACCUCAAUAAGGUGAUGAUAGCCGAAGAGGACGAGGCCAAGACAGCGUUCAUCACCCCGGACAAUCUGUACUGCUAUCGAGUAAUGCCGUUUGGUCUCCGUAACGCUGGAGCUACUUACCAAAGAAUGGUGAACGCCCUGUUCGGAGAUUUGAUCGGCAAAACAAUGGAGGCCUACAUCGAUGAUAUGUUGGUGAAGAGUAAGAACAUGCACGAUCAUGCGUCCGACUUGCACUGA